ACCCAGUGUUUAGGUGUGCUCUGUGCCCUGCUCUUCUAGGGAACUUGAUUGAUUUACUUGGUGGAAUAUGACUGAAAAUUGUGUUUGAAUGGUGACUGUUAAUCAGCCUGAUUUAUCUUCACUGGCUAUUCAUCGAGUGGUACUUAGUGUUUGUUCGGCUCUCCGCUGGCGGGCGUAAGAGCGUAAGGGGCUGGAGUGUCACCGAAGAAGCGAACAAUAGAAGAAGGAAUUGAAUAAAAAACAGAGAGAACGGACAUACGGAAGAAAAAAAAAAAAAAAAAACAGAAUAAAGGGAAGUUUUUUUUCCCAACAAAAACAAAGGGAAUAAAAGGAGAAAGAAGGGAGAAGAGAGGGAAGAAGAAGAAAAAAAUCAACAUGCUGAAAUUCAGAGUAACGAACAGCGUGAAGGCGAGGAGAGCUGCGGAAGCCCAGAGGAAGGCGCUGGAAGAGAAGCUGCAGCUGGAAUGGGCCUGGAAGCCAAUGGCCGCCAUGAUGAACGAGAACCAGACGGAUUUAGUCUACUGGAUCCCUCCCCUGUACAGUUCCAACAUCGUCACGACCACGAGCGUCCACACCCGCCGCCCUUCCAUCACCGCCCGCCCGCACGCCCUCGCGUCCUCGACUCAGAGGAAGAAGAAGCUGUCUCGGCGGCGCGCCAAGCUCCUGUCGUCGGAUGACAGCUACGAGGACAUGAAGGACACAGACACGCUGGUGGACGUGAACGAGCUCAAGGACGACGACACCGAGAGCGGCAUCCACGACGACACGUUCGACACCUCGACGGAGGAGACGUCGACGCUGAACAUCCAGAGCAUCGAGGAGGAGGACAAGCUGAUGGAGGAGAACGACGACUCCACCCUCGAGACCAGCAGCAUGGUCACCACGAUCGCCGAGGAGUCGUCCAAGGCUUCCCAAGAGCAGUCGGAGGCCGUCGUCAAGAGCCAGAGCAAGACGCCGAGCAAAUCCAGUACGAGACCCACGAUCCUGAGGCUGCUGGACAAGGUGUCGCACCUGCACGGCAUUCCCGGCAACCCGCUGGCCAGCAAGGCGAAAAAGCCCAAGGCGGCCAAGGAACCGCGGGCCUUCGACAACAAGAAGGCCCGGCGGCCGUCGGUCAAGGUGUACCAGAACCCGCCCAAGGCUCGCCUCUCGAACCGCAGGUCGAAGGCGACUCAGAUGGACGGCGGGGAGGAACCCUGCAUCAUCGUGUCGCUGGACCCCAACGCGGCGCCGACGAAGGUCCCCGCGGCGGCAGCGGAGAUCCUUGUGGAGUCCCAGCCCAGCGUGAAGGAACAGGCAGAUCCCGCAGCUGUUCGGCACGCCCAGCUGCAGAUGAUCCUGCGGCUCCUGGCGCAGCUCUACGAGGAGAAGGUGAGCCGACAAGACACGGAGAUCCAGAACCUAAAGACAAAACUCCAGACGCAGGACAAGUUGAUGCGGCAGAUGGCUCACCUCGUCCUUGGUUUGAAGGAGGAGGUCACGAAGCUCAAGGGCCACUGCGGCGUGGACGCGCGGCCCCACAAAGACAAGCAAUACAACGUUCUGAGUAUUAAAGUAGGAGACACUGAAACCAUUAGUUGUUAGGCUGUAUUUCCAAUUCGUUUUACGUAUAUAUAUAAUGUUUAAAACGUAUAUUUCAAAAAUAUAUUUUGAUUCUAAGAUACAGUGUAUUUAGGCGAUAUAAUAACAAUUUAUUCCCAGACACCGGUGAAAAAAAGAAAAAAAAUCUACAAGUAAUCGAAAUACUAUUUAAAGUGGAAAACAUAAAACAUUUUGUAAAAUGUGAUACUGUUUAUAUAUAUUCGAAUCUCUGAUGGUUUUUUCGGCUUCAAUAUUCAUGAUAUCGUGUUGUAUUGUUGUAAUAUUACAGGUACAUUACAGUUGCUCACACCGGACGAUGUAGUAUGUUACUUUAAGUUAUCAUACCACUUAUUUUGGUUGUAUUUCCCGGUGUAUAUAUCGACUCUAAAAAUUAACAUUUAAGUAAUCAGGUUUUGUGAGUAAACGGGUUUUGUGAGUCCUAUUUGUCGACAAAAUCAUGUUUAUUAUUAAUUAGAAAAAUACAUGAAAAAUAAAUACCCCUUAAUGGCCACUUUGAGAUUAAGCAGGUGUGUAAAUAUUACAAAAUAAUUUCCGGUUAUUAUCACCGUGAGCAAUGUUGCCACUGGAUGUUCCCUAAAAAAGGGAGAUACGAAAGCAUCUUAACUUUACCAGCAAUCUAGUCAUUUGUAUGUAGGCGUUAAAACAACAUAUCCAUGUUUGUUUGUUUUUUGCUCUGGAGACAUUGUAAUAUACUAUUGAUAAAUGUUGUAUAUUACUUAUGUUUAUAAGUGUAUGUAUAUGUAUAUAUGUUUGUAAGUUAAGGAUUGCAUGUGCAUAAUGUUGCCUGACUCAAAUUAUUUAUCUUAUGAAUGAUGUUAAAGACAAUCUCAGAUGAAUUUAUCUUUAAAAUGUGUUAAAAGAUUUGACUACUCAAAUAAAAUCUUAUUGUGUAUCUCUUA